AGCCGUCUGUCCGAACUGCGCACGAACCAUAUCGUAGAUUGGGAGUGAGAAAGUAACAUUCUGAUAAACGUGACUGAAGAAAGGUCCGUUAGAUUGUUCGACGUCAGGUUUAGCUUGUUCGACAUCUAGAAUGGAUACCGGAAAAGGAGUGAACACAUACCUGUUGAUGGUGUUCGCUUUUCUGUUGGUUUUGAUCGCCAAGUUUCCAGUCAAAGCUCAAACUGAAGAUGAUCCCUGCACAAGUAACCCGUGCUGGAAUGGAGGAAGUUGUUUGAAUUCUUCAGCCGAUUUUACUUGUAUGUGUGCCCCUGAAUUCAUUGGAUCAUUCUGUGAAUCGAAGAGCCACCCUCGUGACUUGGUGUUUGUGACCAAUAGGUCUCCUCCCGGCAUUUAUGUCGCACCCACAGACACCUUUAACUUCACUCUCAUCCCGGGUUUAGACGGUAGCCAUGUCAACAUAAGUCGACCCUACGCCAUUGACUACGACCCAGUAGAGCGCAUGGUGUAUUGGACUGAUGUCACCUUGUUGACUUUAAAUCGUGCCUUUUUGGACGGGAGUGGAGUGGAAGUUCUCUUUAGGGAUCUACAGCAUCCUCCUGGUUUGACUCUUGACGUUGAGAAUCGUGUGAUGUAUUGGACGGAUUCUGGCAGUGAUCUGAUCGAGAGAGCUACUUUGGACGGUCGAGAACGAUCAGUGGUUCUCAACUUGACAAAUGCUUCCCUCGCAUAUGUAAAUCCAAUGGGGAUCGUAGUCGACCCUGCUAACAGUCAUUUAUACUGGACAGACUGGGGUACCGUACCAAAGAUUGAACGAUCUGGCACAGACGGAUCUGGUCGUCGCGUACUUAUCGAUACUUCGCUACAGAACGCAUAUGGUGUAGCCCUUGAUCUGGAGGGGGGAAGGCUGUACUGGUGUGAUUGUUGGACCGACCGCAUUGAAUACUCGGAUCUUUUAGGCCAGGGUCGGACUGUUCUUGUCAACGGCACAAGUUCCUACCUUCCUUUAUUUGAUCUCUUCGUCUACUAUAACUUUAUCUACUGGACCGAAGGGUCAUCAUCCACCAUUAUGCUCUUAGAUAACGAACCUCCGAUGUUCAGUGGUUGCCCUGGUGACGUCAUCAUCCCUGCCAAGCCAUCGUCCAAUGAAGUGGCUUACAGCUGGCCUCCACCUCUCAUCUCGGACAAUGCUGGUCCUGUGGAUGUCACGUUCAGUUGCCAAGCAACCAAAGUUUUGAAAUGUAACCGAACCGGCAGUGGGGUCUUCACAGUUGGUGUUACUUCAGUGAUCUACAACGCUACUGAUACAUCUGGCAACCAUGCCACGUGUCUUUUUAAAGUCACCGUCACAGGUUUUUGUCCAGCCGGCACCACGAAUGAUGAUCUUCAUGGCCGGUUGAUGUGGCUUGCAACAAGAAGAGGCACAACAGCAGAAUCGUUCGAGAGAUGCUCGCUUAUGACAUCAAAAGCUGGGGACCCGUUAGCUGUUCGCAACUGCUCCAUUGUAGCUCCGCCGUUAUAUUUCCAGUGGGGAAACCACGUACCUCGCAGUUGUGGGGAAGAAAGAAACAAUCUAACUCUGGAUCAAGUCAAAGAUGUUAACGUCAGUAAAGGGAACGUGAAUGAAGUGGCUGAGUUUUUGGCCAAUCAGACCUCAGAGUCAAGUGAAAGUGCAGAAAAUGUGCAAGCGGUCUCCACCAUUUUGAUGAACAUUGUCGGGGCAGGAUCAGGAGAUCGUGAGGUAACUGAGUUGGUGAUACAGACGGUAAGCAAUGUCAUCAUGAGUACCAGCCAGACUCCUGACUCCCAGACUCCUGAGGUCUAUGCUGGCAGCUCCUCAGCCAUCGUUCAGUCUGUUGAGGCUCAGGUUUCCUUGACUCUGAGACAAGAGGGUCCGGUCAGUAUACAGCAGGACACCAUCCACGUUGAGGCGGUCAGUCUGGACCCAAUGCUGGUUAGCAACGGACUCACUUUCGUGUCUGCUCCGGAGCAGGAGUCCGGACAGUCUUCACCACAAGAGGGCAGCCUUGUCGGAACUAAGGUCACGACCUUGCUGAAUGCCAGUGAUGACGUGCCUCAAGAUGUGAUAGCUUCAAUCCGGUUACCGGCUAACAUUUUCAGCAGUGAAAACAGUUCCCAGCCGCUGCGGGCGAGUUUCAUUGUCUACGCUGAUGACACCUUGUUCAAGUCAGCGCUUAUCAAUGGCUCCCAAGGAAAGAACGGUUCGAGCCUCCGGGUUGCGGGGACUGUCGUCUCACUGACUGUGGAAGACAUUGAGUUGGUAAACCUCACCGAACCAGUGGUCAUCCAAUUCAAGGCACCAUCCAUUGAAACGGAGCGAAAUAGAACCAUCCAGUGUGUCUUCUGGGAUUUCGAUCUGAACGACAAAGUCGGCGAUUGGUCGAUGGCUGGUUGCUUGCUGGCAACAGAGACCAAUUAUACAGUGUCCUGUAACUGCUGUCAUGCGACCAACUUUGCCAUUCUUGUGGAUGUCCAAGGACAGAAGGACGAACCAGAUGAUCCAUUCCAGAAGGCGCUGGAAAUCAUUAGCCAAGUUGGUUGUGUCCUCUCCAUCAUUGCUCUGGGUAUCACCUUGACUGUGUAUCUUGCUAUCAAGAAACUGCGAAAUGGCAAAUCUCGUCAGAUCUUCAUCCAUUUCUGCUUCUCCUUGCUGAUGUUGUACAUCGUGUUCCUUGCCGGCGUCGACAACGCAAGGGGUACUGGAGAUGGCUGUGUGUUUGUGGCUGCUUUACUCCACUACUUGACUCUAGCCUCUAUGAUGUGGAUGGCCGUUGAAGCCAGGAACAUGUACGUCAGUACGGUGAAGGUGUUCCCAGAAGACGCGCCUCGAUACAUGCUCAAGGCUUGCCUCAUCGCUUGGGGAUCUCCACUGAUUGUUCUAACGAUCACCUUGGCUGCAGCAACUGAUCACUACAGAAACGAGCAUUACUGCUUCCUCGAGCCUGAUCUUGUGCUGUACCUCGGCCUCCUUGCUCCCAUUGGUCUCAUCGUUCUCCACAACAUCAUCACCUUCAUCCUGGUCAUGCGGAGUCUCCUGAAGGUCAAGGAGGAAUCUCGCUCCCAGCAGAUCUCCAAACGCCUCCAGAAUGCCGUGGCAAUCUCCGCCCUCAUGGGCGUGACCUGGAGUUUUGGUUUCCUGGCCAUCGAGGGAGCAACUUUUACCUUCCAGCUCCUCUUCUGUCUGGCCAACUCCUUGCAGGGUGUGCUUGUGUUCCUCAUGUUCUGCGCUCGACGUGAGGAGGUCCGCGACGCCCUUGCACCGUUCACGAAGCGCAUCUGCUGCGGCAGGGAGUUGCACAUGCCAAAGCGGUCAUACGACGUGGCCUUGGUUUCAAGCACUGCAUCUCCAUCCAUCACUUCCCCUUCUAGCAGUGUCGUUACCAAAUUUGACGUGUCUGCUUCUGACUUCCAGGAGGGCGUGGUAGUCCUCAAGUAUAAGACAUAUGACCAAGACAAUUGA